AUGGAUUCCGCAGUUGCAUUCCUGCGCGAGACUGCUCGUUCCCCGCGGCGGUCGCAAUUCGGCAGGGAUGGCGGGAAGAGCGCUGGAUUCCGAGACGCCCGCACAGCCUGCACAGCCCGCCUGCCCAACUGGGCCUUUAGUAGUACCACGACUAGUACCCCAGGGUAUAUCGAGGACUCGUGCAAAAGGCGGAGGGCGGAACAGGGAUUCCGCGCCUCCACUUGGGGCGCGGACGGUCGCGAGACGUGCCGCAAUGUGGAGCUGCGCCGGCCAGCCAAAUCGUCGCAGAUGCUAAUCGCGGGGCGAGCACAACCGCCGAUAGCCUGCGUGCAUACCCACGUCCCUGGGGUACCCUAG